GGGGUGACCUCAGCAGCUGAAGGUUUGUCAGGAAGACUGAGACUUCUUUUCAGAAGAAACAAGCAAACAAACCCCAUUACAGCAGGAUAUUUGACCACCUGUUAGCCAUGGAAGAAGACGCGACCCACGCCGAGCCCAGCAGCACCUCGGGCAGCACGCACACCAUCCCGCAGCAGCAGCCCGAAAACACGGAGCUCCUCAUUCCGAGUUUCAGUCCAUCUUCCGCCCCUUCCUCCCCGACUCCAACCGGCACACUCUCCCGACUCGGCUUGAAAAGCCCGACCAGCCCGACCGCGGCGGCGGCGCCGGGCAGCCCGGUGGACCGCGGCCAGGUGAGCGCCAUCACCGUGGUGGCGCUGCUGGACAAACUGGUCAACAUGCUGGAGUCGGUGCAGGACAACCAGCAGCGGAUGGAGCAGCGGCAGGCUGACCUGGAGACCGCCGUGCGGGUCGUGCAGGGCGACGUUACACGCCUGUCCAAGACCCACCUGAGCACCUCCAACAGCGUCAACAAGCUGCUGGAGCGCUCGCGCAAAGUCAGCGGGAAUCUGAAGGAGGUGAGGGAGCGCUUGGACAAACAGGCUGUCCAGGUGAAGAAGUUGGAGGCGAACCACAACCACCUGCUGAAGAGGAACCACUUCAAAGUGCUCAUCUUCCAGGAAGACAAUGAGAUCCCCUCCAGUGUCAUAGUCAAGGACUCCCUCAAGACCCCACAACCAAGCCAGUAUGACGCAGAAUCCACCCUGCCCAAUCCGUCUAUUACAGGCUCUGUCGAAGGCAUCCGCACCCAAGACGAGGGUCUCCAGACCAUAAGCCUGUCCUCAGAUGAUGAUGCCGACCUUGCAGCACAUCGAGACGAAGAGGAGAUGCUGCAAUGUGAGGCUGCUGGGGGCGCUCCCAUAAGAUAUGAGAGAAGAGCCGACAGGUUCAAGCGCAACAGUCUGAAGAAGGUUGACAGCCUCAAGAAGGCCUUUUCACGCCAGAGCAUCGAGAAGAAGAUGACCCAGAUCACCACCAAGAUUGUGCCGCCCGAGAAGCGUGAGAAAAUCAAGAAGAGCUUCACCCCUAAUCACCCCAAGAGCCCAACAGCCAAGACCUCCUCUUUCAAGGUGUCUCCCAUGACCUUCAACGUCAAGAAAGUCCGAGACGGGGAGGCCCCCACACAAGAAAUGGCCUCGCUCGGGGAAGAAGCUCAUGUGGAGAUUCCUCCUCUGGGAGGCCUAGAUGGUGAGAUUCCCCUGGCAGAGGUGCACACCACGGAGAAUGUGGUGGAGGAUAUUCAAGAGACGUUAAGCCCCUCCUCCCCAGAGAGCGUGAAUGCAGAGCUGUCUAUUAAUGGAAAAUCACCAGGCAUCGAGUUCGAGAUGAACGGAGAUAGUUUUGCUGGCCUGGCAGUUCCAGAGCAGGAUGAAGAUGUUGGUGAGGAUGAAGAAGAGGAGGAAGAAAAUGAGGAGAACCACAAAAGUCCUGUUGAGACAGCAGCAGAAGCCUCGAUUCCUACUGCGACGAUUGCUGUGGAGCAAGUGUCUUAAUAUUGUUCCACUUUGAAUAUCUUUUUUUUUUUUAUCUUUUCUUCCUCACAUUAUUACAAAUACUGAUCAGCUAACAGGCACAGAUAAUCCCUCCACUCUAAAAAACUCUUGAGCUCUUUCUACUUGUAGCUUUAUAGAAAUAUAUUCUUGACUUUUUAAGCUUGUCUAUCUCUGAACCUUAUCCUACAUUACUGCCUUUGAUUGCCACCAGCAGAGUCAGAACCUUGACGUGGCUUGCAUUAGCACCUAGACAUGACAGCACACCUCCUUAAGAAUUUAAACUGCAGGUUGUAGUUGAAGUCCUACUUAAACUUUGUUGUCAGGUUUACAGAAAUACACCAUAGCUCUCUCUUUAGUUGAUGCUUAACCAACCUAAAUAGGUGCGCAUCUCCCGGGCUCUGGACCAAGUAUCUUCCUCCUGCUGUGAAUGUCUGCCUCUGGUCCUCUGUUCUACGCUGACAAAUAGCCUCUUUUGUUCUUUGAGGGGUUUUGUGAAAAAUAGUAAAUCUCUGGCAACGAUGGGGCAACCCACAGUCUGCUGAAACUACAUGUUGCCAGGUUGCUCAAAAGCUGGAAUGAGGAGGGUUUUUUAUUUUCAAAUAGCAGAUUGAGGUUGUUUACCAGACUUUUUGGGUCUGUGUGAAGAAAAACAAAUCUAUGAUUUUAACUAACAAAUUCACAAAAGGCUUCAGCAGCCUGAUGUGAAUCUAGAGGUUGGUCCCACAUCAAGAUCCAGUUUUCUCUUUUUUUAUUUUAUAGGUUACCCAUCUAUAACAACAUAUAAUUAUAGUUUAAUGGCUGUUCUAACACUGACAAGUGAAAUUCAAUCAUCUUGUUUCAAAGUAAAAUAGAGUAGAAAUUAAAAUGUUGAAAACAAAAAAAUCAAUUUGAACGGGAGACUUUUUUUGUGAAUAUAAGGGAUAAAGUUGCCAUUCAUUUCCUGAUAUGAAUGACAUUAUUCUACAUGUAUCUUAGGCUUGGAUUUUAAGAUUGUUAUUUUUUUCAGCCCUAUACCUUUUAUGGAAAAGCUACUUUCUAUGUUUAUGUGGUACAAUCUUUUUGCUUGUGAGGCUCACUACUUUCUAAGCAUUUACAUCUUGAACACUUCGAAAUAGCAAAGUAAUUUUAUAAUAACUGCAUUGAGUGUGAUUACUUAUCCAGGACGAGGUUUUAUAUGUCAUAGUUUGUUCUUUUUGCAUUACUCUUCGACACUAAAGCCUUUUUUAAAAUACUUUUUUUCCAAGUAUCUUUAAGUUGCAAAUUAGUUAGUGUCAUAUUUUUUCUAACAUUAUUGUUAUCUUUGAAAUUUGCCAGGGUGAAGCCCCUCAGCCUGGAUACAUGCUCAGACAGGUGAACUUCUAGCCUGCACAUGCUGGUUUGAGUAAUUGCGCUCCUCAAGGGAUUGAUUCUCAUGUAUCUGUAGAUAAGAGUGAAUGCAAAACAUGCCUGAAAUUUUUUCCCCUUUGUUUUGUGGAAUUCUGUGCAUCCAUCCGUGCAGUUUUAUUAAGACAUACAAGAACACAAGAAAGUCUAAAACUGAAAGAACAACAAAGUACAAUGGUCACGUUCAACUUCACGCCUCCUUCAUGCUUCUGUAAAACAAUUUUCUUGUCAAUAAUUUGGUGAGCGAUGCCAGGUGCUAAGUAUCCAGACAUAGGAGAGAUUAUAAGUACAUAGUAUAGUAGUAGUAGAUAAAACCCAGAGAGCAGCAUUCCUAGUUUUGAUGGAUGACUCCUGUUGAGCCCAUUUUUCUUGCUUUUGGCCUCCUUGUUGAAAGAAGUUGAGAAUUUGUGGAGCCACAGGUGCUGUGCCUCCUGUAGGGGCGGCUAGACAUGAGCUUGUUGGUGAAGAGGGAUGAGAGGGUAAUAAAAGGAUGAUAAAAGUUGCCUUUGGUUCAAACAUGCCUGUAUUUGACCGUGGAAUUGGAAAGUCUUUAUGUCAGCCCCUUAUGUGUUUCAUUCUUAUUCUGAAUUAAAUAGAUCAUAGAAACUCACUGGAUAGACAUUUUUUUCUAUUUGAACAUUUGAAAUGUGAUUUUUCAAAGUUCGCUGACAGUGUGCUGCAAAAAUGUAACUUGGAACUUAUUCAGACCAGACAAAUACAUGAAGUGCCACUUAAGCAUCACAGAAACUAUCAUGUGACCAUCGUCCUAUCGCCUCUGCCCUGAAAUUGAUUUUAUAUGCAAAUUCUUUAAGUUUAUUUAGCAUUAUAUUAUUUCACAACAACAUGAGAACUUUUGAAAGGUAGUUGUAAUUGUGUGAAACAAAUUGGGAAAAUUAACAACAAUCUAAUGCAUAUAUAGCUAUGAAUCUAUAAAUCAUGUGGAAAAUUUAGCUCUGUAUACACAAAAAGGGAAAUUGCAGUGAUGACAAAUAUAAGCAAUGCCACAUUUUUUUCCUGUUAUUUGUUUACUGCUUUCUAACUUUGUGAAAAAUUAGAAAACGCUGUUUACAAUGUUUUUAAACACACAAAUAUCACCUUAUUCUUAGAUGUCUGCCUUUGUUGUAUUACUUUUAUUGAUUAGAAUUAAUCAGAAAGUUCCGAGUUAGAAAAACUUUGAAUAUUUUUAUCUUUAAAUCUGAAUACAGGAACUGAAAAAGAUGAGAGAAGUGUCACAGUUCCUGACCUUUUUUUGUGUGUGUGUUACAAAAACUAAUAUAUGGGAUUUAUAAGAUGAAAAUAUAAAUAAACAUUCGCUUUCUUUGUUUAAUAAAGAUUUGUAAUAAUGUUUUAUUCAUUUUAAAUUCUAUAUAAAACACCCUGCCGAGAAUGGAUUCAACAUUAGACUUCUGCAUAUAUUAGUUAUUUUCUGUUUACUCAUUUAAAUCUGUUCACCU